AUCGCCUGUUAUCUGGAAACAAGGGUCUUCUUACCAUUAUUACCACCACUAUCUAUUUUUGAGUUUUAUUUACAAAAUUUAACGCCUUAAAACUAUUUUAAGCAGUACAAACAGAAAAGAAAAAGUAGUAAGAUAUAACUGUUCUAGAUUCAUCUAUGAAUUCCAGAGACUUUAUAUGUCGAGUGAAAGCAUUAUAUAAAUACGAAUCGAAUGAUCCCUCCUCAUUAUCGUUUAAAGCCGGGGCAAUAAUUGAAGUCCUUGCACAGUUGGACUCCGGAUGGUGGGAUGGCUGGUAAAAAUUUGCGACACAUAUGCUUUGUUUAAGAAAAAGAAGAAGAAGGGGGGGAAAAAAAAAGCAAUGACCCUAACUCUUUUCUUUUCCAGGUCUGAAGGGAAACGAGGAUGGUUUCCCAGCAAUUAUGUAGAAAUAUUGAAAGAAAAUGUAGAGGAGUCAUUUGGAAACAAUCAGAUAUGGAACCUCCAACAGGAGUGGAGGCACAAACAUCAGCUUCAAAGAACAAUGGGUAGCCAGCAGCGCGUAACAGAUCAAGAUAUGCAAAGGCAAUUAAGGCUAAGUCUACAAGCAUCAGAUAUACUACAGAGACAACAGCGACAGCAAGAAAGCCCUCCGUCUUCUCCAUCUUCAUCAUCACCAUGGAUCUUGCAAACAACAGAAGAUGGAUCAGAACAAUAUUACUACAACACUUUAACACAGGAGAUGAGAUACUCAAUGCCGCCAGAUUUAUAUAUGGAUGAUAGAGAUGUAAAUGCGUUGGCUAUUGCUGACAAUCAUAACAUUUUAGAGAAUUCUUUAUACCAUAAUGGUGCUAAUACAAUGGCAGCAUCUCAGUUAAUGUACGAAAAUAUCAAUCAGCCUACACGCCCUGUGCGUGCUCUCAACAGAAUAAAUACAAAUGAAAGCGACUUCCACUCGAGCAAUAUUGACAAUUUAUCGGCAAUUGAUCUGAGGAAAGGGAAUACUCAGCAAGAAUUGUCCCUGAAAGAAGAGCUUGAGCAUAAAUUUGUAGAUGAUGAAAGACUUCCUCCUAAUUGGAUUCGAAAAACUACACCGAAAGGGAGAUUCUUUUAUUGUAACGUUAAAACUGAUGAGACGACAUGGGAGUUGGAAAAGAUCGACCCGGAUACGGGAAUCUUGCUCACUUCUCCUACAACAACAGCAGAGUCUGCUGAACAUAUCUUUCCUUACUCACCGAAGCAAGCAAAGUUUUAUAUUACGGACUUGUCGGACGUAAACGAUAUCUCAGACUAUAUGCAACAAAUGUACACCCGUGACGAUAAGGUGCAGAUGACCUGGCAGGGUCUUUCAACAGCUAUUGCACAAGCCAUUCAACGUUUGAAAGAUUCCAUACGUCAAAACCAAAGCCAACAUUUUUCUGAAGAUACCAAUACCAUUGUGCAACGUAUUCGCCUUCUACUACAUGCAAGCGACUGCAUCGAAAAAGAGACUUCCCUUCAUUUAAAAUCAAAUAGGCAACUACGAGCAUUACAUCGAUCAUUAUUAGCAUCACUAGCAAAACUUGUACUAUCAACCAAAGUAGCAUCAAAUGCCUGGCCAACAUCCGAAUCUCUUAUCAAAUUACAAACCGAUGCGGAGGAACUACUUAUUGCUGUGCGCAACUUCAUGACAUGCGCACAGGAACUUCAAAUAGUUAUCAAAGAAUGCAAGCCAGUGUUAACAUAUGAGGAUGAAAAUAUUUGGCGUUCACACCCAUCUAUAUCUAAACAUAAUAAAGGGUAUCCUGAAAUGAGCAAAUCCGACAGUAUAACCUCGAUACAUAUAUUAGAAGAAAACGUACGUGGAGCUAUAAGCUCAUACAUGGAAAGUAUACGCGCUGCCUUUGAGCAAAACAGUACUAAGGCUGUUUUGAAUGAAUUAAAAGCAAAUGCACCAUUGCUGAUUGCUCAGUUCCGAAAUCUUAGCAAUACGACGAGCAAUUUCUUAAAUGCUACAGAAGAAGCAUGCCAUCAUUCAACACAAGCAACGCAUAAUCACGAAAAAUACAAAACAUUACUCAAAUCGAAGCAACCUAUUUAUAAGGCAAUGGGGUCAUUAUUUAUAAUUUCUCAAGCAAUUACAAAUGCAGUUAUGAAUCAAGAACAAAUAAAACAAAGUUACGAGCAAAUUAAAGAGCACGUACAUCUUAUUGAUAAAGGUCUACAAAAAAUGGUUAGUGCAACGGAACAAUAUAUUACGGAACAGAAUAUUAUCGAAUCGCGAAAUACACCAACACCUACCCAACGACACUAUAUCACCAGCAAUAGCCAUGCUGGUUCGAUUUCAACAGAAGAUGAGCGUGAAGGCCAAAAUACAUCCAUCGACAAUCUUAAAAGAUCAGACAUUGGACUAAACUUAUUAAUGAACUCCCUUGUAAGCAAUCCCAACGGCCCUUUAUUAGAUAGUAACGACGAUUUACCGAGUGAAACAAGUAGCGGCCAUCACAGCGAAAUGACAGGCACCAAUAGCCGUCAGCAAGCAAAAACAAUAACGAAUAAGUAUCCAAGUACUGAAGAUCCAAUUUCUCGUCGUCGUGAUACCCUCAUUGGAACUCCUAGCAACCAUGUCAAUGGUUCAUCAGCCACGGUGGCUACUAAUGGCAGUGGAGGAAGCGGCCAUACACCGACAUCGGCAACUGCUCCAAGCUCAAACCUAAAUGAAGCAUUGCACUGGUUUUUGAAAACGGAUUACGAUCCCAACGAAAUGAUCAUCAAUGCAGAAGGAAAUGUCAAGGGAGGUUCUUUGCAUUGUCUUGUACAACACCUAACACAACAUGAUCAAUUAGAUUCUAAGUUUAAUACCACCUUCCUCUUGACAUAUCGAUCUUUCUGUACUACUGAAGAAUUGUUCCAUGAGCUAUUUAGCAGAUAUCAAUUAGCACCACCCGAUGGACUAUCUACGGAUGAAGUAGACAUUUGGAAAGAGAGAAAGUUGAAACUAGUAAGGCUAAGAGUAUUCAAUGUUAUAAAAUCUUGGCUAGAAACAUAUUUCAAUGAAGAAGAGGAUCGUUCAAUACUUCCAGAAAUCAGUCAUUUCACUGAUAAUGUAAUUGUCGAAUCAAUGAGGUUUGGUGCCGAGCAACUCACAAAACUUAUCAAGAAGCGUAUGCUAUCUGAGGACUCGAGCCAAAUUCGAAAGAUGAAAUUGAAUGUGCGCACAGGUGAUUUGCCCGUUCCUAUCCUUCCUAAAAAUAUGAAACGUAUCAAAUUGCUCGAAUUGGAUCCCCAUGAACUAGCUCGACAAAUGACUAUUAUGGAUUUUCGUCUGUACAGUAAAAUUAAACCUGUGGAGUGCUUGGAUAAAAAUUGGGGAAAGCCCGAUACAACAGCGCUAGAGCAUGGAGGACAUCAUAUUGCCGCUAAUGUCAAAGCGUCCAUUGAGCACUCAAACCAAGUAACGGCAUGGGUAACGGAUUCAAUUUUGAGCAAAGAAGAAGUUAAGAAGAGAGCUGCUGUGUUGAAGCAUUGGAUUUUUGUUGCAGAACGAUGCCGUUUUCUUAAUAAUUACAAUACAUGCAUGGCAAUCUUAUCAGCAUUUGAUAACGGUUCUAUUGGUCGGCUUAAGCGUACAUGGGAGUUGAUCAGUACGCGAACUAUGCAGAUUUUGCAGAAUAUAAGACGACUGAUGGGGGCCAACCGUAAUUUUAGUGAAUAUCGCGAUAUCAUUCAUCGCAUCAACCCACCAUGUAUUCCCUUCUUGGGUAUCUAUUUACAGGACUUGACUUUCAUUGAAGACGGCAAUUCCAACUAUUUAAAGAAGUCUAACAAUCUCAUUAAUUUUGCAAAACGUAUGAAGACAGCAGAGGUGAUCAGAGACCUUCAACAAUAUCAGUCCACCCAUUACAUGCUUACACCUGUACCCGACAUCCAAGAAUUUAUCAAAACUCAUUUGCAUUCGAGUAGAGAAGAGGAGGAGCUUUAUAAUCUCAGUCUGAAGUUAGAACCUCGGGAACGUGGUGAGGACACUAUUGCCAGACGUUUGAAGGAAUCAGGACUCCAUUAAACCCGGACUAACAAAAGGAAAAAUGACUAUUGUCAAUGCACUUAGGAGAAUAUAUCAAAAUGGUCACAUGGUCUGUGAACGAUCGUCAAUUAGCGCGAUCAACAUUUGUUAGGGAUGAUCCAUGAAUAAACUUCUAAACGUUGAGUGUAAUUUUGCAUGAUACAGUCCGGCUGAUGGAUAUUGUCGGCUACAGAAAAUGAAUUGUUUGGCAGAAAAAUCAAAUUGGUGGUAGUUAUAAUAAAAUGUUAUGGUUGUCGGUUAAUGGCAGACUUUUACACGAGAUAUUCAGCCACUUCAAGGCCUACUUCAAGGCCUAAUUUAAGAUUCGAGCAUUUUGUGGUAAAAGCUUGUAUAAAUACAUAUAUAGCAUUAUAUGUCUUGAUUUGCUAAACAGGCGAAGCUGCGUAAUUGUUCAGCUGACUAGUAUUAGAACUUUCAUAAAAAUAAACAAG